CGGAGAUACUUAGCUAGCUAGGUAGCUAGGAUAGUUUGUAUUUGCUUCGCUGUGGCUGACGAGGGUCCGUAUUUUCUUAUUGAAAGAAAAAGGAAUAACAAAACCGACAGUAAUCAUAUUUAGCUCCACAAAGGAAUAUACUGUGAAAUUUCAGCAAAGAUUGUGGAGGAAGAGAAGGGACUAUUUAUAAUAUGACCAGCUCCUCCACACCCAGAAUGCACACAUACAAAAGGACCCCUAGCCCACGGUCAGAUCCUGGGGAUCUGUUCACACCUGCACAUGAAGAAAAUGUGCGCUUUAUACAUGAGACAUGGCUGUGUGUUCUAAAAGAUAUCAAAUCCCCACAAAGCAGUGAACGCGGACCACAGGAAUAUGUGGAGAAAAACCCGAACCCUAACCUUCAUUCCUUCACACCAGUUGACCUGAGUGACCUUAAGAAGGCUGGCACACAAGACUGCAGGAAGUCUUAGUGUCUUUCCCACCCUCACAUUGGUCCAGCAGCUUUUAACUGCCUACUCCACUUCUUUGGGACCUGUUCGGCUACUUCAGUCCAGAAAGCCUCUACCUUCUCUGUCGCAUAGAACUGUGCACUGGACAAACUGAUGGACACAUCGUUAAGACCCAUCAUAUGCACAAUUCCCUACACUUCCCAUUCUGUAUUCAUGACUCUUCUGUCCUGAGUCUGUGCAUCUCUUACUGACAGAUUUGGGUGGGCAAGAAGUCCUGGAGUCAAAUUUCAGGGAUUUUGUCUUCUCUUGGUCUUUGGGUUUUGUUAUCUGGAUGUUUAUUAUUAUUAUUAUUAUUACAAAAGAAAUGUAGUUGUCAUGUGGAUAUUGAGGUACAUACUCUGAAACUCUCAAUACUCAACAGGCUGUGUUGUUUUAACCGUAUACUCCAUUUUCCAUGUCACAUUUGAGGGGGGUGAUGAAACCCUUAUGUGGGGGUGGGAUAUUUGAUAAAUUGAUGAAAUAUUGGAAAUUUAGGAGUUUGGCAAGCCAAAUGUUUUUAACAGAGAUACCAUAUAUUUUUUUUAAAGAAAAUAUUAAAUUACUUCAAAGUUUGAGUACUUUUUUGCAUCCUAAAUUUCAACCCUUGAAAUAAAAGCAACUUUUAUGGUAUCUCAA